AUGGACGCAAGUAAUGCUCACAGCUGGAAUAUUAAAAAGCUGCUGAAACUGAGACAUAUUGCUCUUCCCAUCCUGAAUGCUGGUAUGAUUUACACUAGAGAUAUUUGGGAAGCCGUGAGAGAUAGUAGAAGUAAGGUGUCAUGGCAUAAAAUCAUUUGGUUUCCUAUGCAUAUUCCUAAGUUUAGUAUGAUCUCUUGGAUGGCCAUCCUUGACAGACUUCCAACUAGGGAUAGACUGUCAAGGAUGGGUAUUGUCAUUGAUACCCAAUGUGUUCUUUGCAAUGUUGCUAUUGAAUCCAGGAAUCAUCUCUUUGUUGAUUGUAACUUUGCCAAAUUACUGUGGAAUUCUAUCAUAAAUUUGGCAAAUGUGCAAAAACCUCAUUUACCUUGGGAAGAAAUGAUCGAAUGGGCAUGUGUUGAAUGGAAAGGAAAAUCUUUAAUCUCCACCUUGCUGAAAAUUACAUGGACUUCCUACAUCUAUAUGAUUUGGGAGGAGAGGAAUAGAAGAAUCUUCAAGCAUAAAACUAGAGAAGCUGCUCAUCUACUGUCUCUCAUCAAGGACAUUGUUCGGAUUCAACUAGGAGGGAAGAAGAUCAAUAGAAACAAUUUUCGUAACUAUAAUAUUUGCUGUAAUUGGGGUAUUAAUUAA